CAAACUUUGGCUGAAAGGCUCGUUACCAAACAGAGCGCAAGCGUGUCUUGAAAGCUUUCAACAAACGCAUCCUUGUAUGCAAACCCUUAAAACGUGCGUUUCUGUAAACCGUUCUAUAAUGGCGCUACCACCUCGUUGCCGUCGUUAACCGCUGCCAUUGUCUACCUCUCAUCUCACCGGAAUAUAAAUCUCAUAUCUCCUUGCUUUUGCCCGCUAACUUCGCUCAGUUCACGAGAUGACGGUUUUGCGAUCUCGAGAAGUGGGUUCUACUUCUACACCCCGAUCGACUGUUUUGCCGAAGAAACGCAAAACCAAUGCUCCGGAACUCUCUACCCCAACAAAGAGUUGUGAUACACAGAGCGAUGUACCUGUGGAUACUACCCCUCAUUCAGGCUCUUCCUCUUCCAGGAAACGUUUAGCAUCCAAUAGUGCUGUACGAAGGCGAAGUCUAAGAUUGGCUGCCAAAUCAGGUAUCAGUGGAAUUGGAGAAGAUACUGAAAAUUUAACCCAAGGAAGUAAUGUUUCUGCUGAUAUUAUUCCUGCUAGUAACGGAUGUGAAUUAGGAAGUUGUGUGAGUGGUGAUAGUGUAGAAAAGGAGGAAGCACAAACACAAGGUGACCCACAGAAGAAGUGCCUUGGUUCAAACUCGAGGCAAUCGGCAGCUAAGAUAGAAAUCAAAGUUGAGAGUUUAUCUGUUUCCGACGGAGUUGGUGACUGUGAUUAUAAGUUGUGCUCUGGUCAAGAGAGUGAGGGAGUGCCUAAUGGUGGGGGUUCUGUGGCUGCGGUGCUGACAAAUUCAGUAUUAGAUGUUAACAGUGGUGGGAAUGAGAGUUUCAAGAGCGAGAGGUUAGCGAUUGAAAUGAAGGGUAAGGGAAAGAUUGAUGAGAGACCAUGUGUAAUGCCUUCUAGUUCUGCGCAAUUUGAAGUUGGUCCAUCUAAAAAUGAAAGCAGUGAUGUUGCAAAUCUAAGUACGAGACUUAGUAGAGAGGAGAAAGGGAAAGGAAUUAUGGUUGACACAGAUUUAUCCAAGGAUUCUGGAUCCGAAUUAGAAACCCGCAAUACUGUAAAGCUUGAAGCAACACAACAUGAAGUAGAAGUCAGGGAGCCUGCUGUAAAUGUGGCUAAUACAAACUGGGGUUACAGAAAGCAACAGUUCAAGGACAUUGCCAGAGAAAAUGCAUCACGGUUUGCUCUUUUCCACUCCUCAGAGGAGGAGAAUCCUGUUACUGAUGGGGCUGCUAGAGAAAGUCAACCAAUGGAAGAACUAGAAGAAGAUUGGCCUGGGCCGUUUUCCACAGCUAUGAAGAUCAUCAAAGAUCGUGAAAAUAAAAAAAAUGCGCAUGAACAGAAGGGUUUUGCCUCAAAAAGUAUGGAUGCAUCCAUUGUGUGGACUCCAAAAAGGAAACCACAACCGAAUGAGAGGGGGAAGGUAGCCCCCUCAUUGCAAGAUCUGUGCAUGUCCAUUCUGGUGAAGAAUGCAGAUGGAAUUACUUCACUGGAUUGUAUUCCUGAUGUGAUUAGACACAAGCUCUGCCAUAUUCUAUGCGAUUCAAGGAAAAUGAAUAAUCACUUUGUUGGACUUCUUACAUGUGGAUCCCCUACCGAGAUACGUCUGAAGGAUUGUUCGUGGUUAACUGAGGAAGAGUUCAUUAAAUCCUUUGGAGAGUGUAUAACCAGCAACUUAACAGUGCUACAACUUGAUCAAUGUGGUCGUUGUUUGCCAGAUUAUGCACUUUUAGCUACUUUAGCUCGUGUGCCAAACAGUCUGCCUGCUCUAACCAAUAUAUCAUUGAAGGGUGGUUGUAGGUUAUCAGAUUCUGGAUUAAGUGCUCUUGUUUCUGCUGCACCUUCGCUGAAGUCAAUAAAUCUCAGUCAGUGCUCUUUGCUUUCUUCUGAUGGAAUCAAAUGCUUGUCCGAGUCAUUGGGGUCAGUUUUAAAGGAAUUGUAUUUAGAUGAUUGCCAAGCAAUCAGUGCUCUGGUUCUUCCAUCAUUGUUAAAACUUGAGCAUUUAGAGGUUUUGUCAGUUGCUGGUGUCAACACAGUAUGUGAUGAAUUUGUUGUUGAGUUUGUCUCUAGACGUGGUCAGAAUAUGAGAGAGCUUAUUUUGAAGGACUGCAUAACAUUGACUGAUCGUUCAGUUAAAGCUGUGGCUGAAUUUUGUCCUAGAUUGAGUGCAAUAGAUCUGAGUAACUUAAGCAAAUUGACGGACUACUCUGUUGGUUAUCUUGCGAAUGGUUGUACAGCAGUUAACAAGCUAAUCCUUUGCCGUAAUGCAUUCAGCGAUGAAGCUAUUGCUGCAUAUCUCGAAACUCGUGGAAAUUCCUUGAAAGAACUUUCCCUUAAUAGUGUCAGAAAGGUUUCAUGCAACACUGCAAUGGCACUUGCGAAAUGUUGUAGAAAUUUGCAGAGUUUAGAUGUCUCCUGGUGUCGCGCCCUCACAGAUGAAGCCCUAGGUUUGAUUGCAGAUAGCUGCUUGUCCCUUGAAGUCCUGAAGUUGUUUGGCUGUACCCAGGUUACAAAUGUAUUCUUGGAUGGCCACUCUAACCCACAAGUUCAAAUCAUCGGAAUGAAGUUGACUCCUGUGCUAGAGUAUCUGAAGUCACCUGAUUCUCUUCAAGGACCGCUCCUUUAUUCAUCUGCGUAGGUGUGGCUUUGAAUGUUUCAUGCCUCCUGCUGCUGUUAUAUUAUUGACUACUGCAGCCGUUUAUUUGCAUGUUUUUCUUUUUAUCUUUUUUCUUUUUUGUAAGAUGCUUAUACCACUCACUCACUGCUCACACUGCAUGAGUGAACUCUCUGAGAUAUGUUAAUUGGUAGCACCUUGUUUUAUAAAAUUGAUGUUAGUUUGUUAUUUUCUUUGGAGUGUUCUCAAUUCAAUACCC